AUGGAGAGGUACAGUAGCAGCAGUAAUAGGCUGUACUCGGGGCCUCUGUCUGCGUCUGGACAGAAGAUCCUAGCAGCUCUCCGAGCCCAGAGCCACAACCACUACUCUGACACAGCCAGGGCCCAAAGCUACAGACAGCGUGAGUCGGCCUUGGUCCAGACCCCAGUCCUAUUCCCAGUCUUCCUCCUCAUGGGACGCUGCAUCCCAGAGGGACUACUCUCAGACCCCAGCACUGUCCCAGGACUCUGCCUCCUCUUCUACCCACAGAAUGAGGUACCCUCUGGCCCUCCACACGCCCUCAAACGAGCCUCACUGGAGAGAGCUGGUGAUGGAGGCUCCAGAGAGAGGGGGUUGAGUAUAGAUCCUGCACUAACCAACCCCUCUCUUGCUGGGCAUGGAAGGGCCGCAGGGCUGGGGUCCGGCCUGACCUCUAUACGUACUAGUGGUGAGGAGGAGAGCAGCGGCCAUCACCCUCUCCUCUCUGCCCAACAACCGCCCCUGACCCCUACCUUCUCCCUCAAAAGUGAACACGGCACCCCUCUGCCCAAAAUCGCCCUUUUCAGGCGGCCGGUGAAAUGGGAACCCCCUCAGUCCUGUCAGGAAAAAGCAAGGACCUUGCAAAGGGGCCAGGAGUGGUGCAAAACCCAAACCCCCAAACACCCAGACCUGACCCCAGCCUUUAGCCUAGACCCCCGAGCCAAGACCAAGACCCUCCACAAGACUGAGGGAACCAAGAGUGUUGCUCUAAUCCCUAACCCUCCACAUCGACCCCCAGCCAACCCAGUUAGGCCAAGACAGGGGGUCCCAAUGGGGGAGAGGGGGCUUGAAUCAACCAGGGACCAUUCUAGUUCAGACACUCCUCAGCAUAGAUCCUCCAAAACCCCCAAACCACCCAAGCCGAAGCGGGCCAAACCUGGACCUAACCAGUGUCAACUCACCCCAGAAACUGAACCAGAGGGGGGAAGCGGUGCCGGUGACCCCCGGGCCCAGUCCAACCAAUCCAAAAUCUGUCUGACUACAGCCAUGAUCUCUGACCCCAGAGUAAGGGAUGCUGGGAAGUUGAGUCCUGAAGAGAGAGGCAGGGUGCUGGAGGAGGCAGGGCAGGCCAGUGCGCUGGUUCUGACCAUGGUGUACCAGGACGGAACCACUCAGAUGGACCCAGAACAGAAGCUCAGUCCGUCAGUGUGUGGGGUGCUGGUGAUGUUGAAAAGAGAUCUGGACCAGACUGGACCAGUACCAGGACCAGAGGAGGGGGUGGCACAACGAGACAGUCUGGUCUACCUCAGACUGGAACAGAAACCUGCAUGGGCCCAGAGCCACCAAGACCACAACCUAGACCUCUUCAAUAGAGAGAUGCUGCUGCAGGUAGUGUCAGGGUCUCAACUGGUGGUGUGUUACAAGGCCAAAGACCUGCUCCGUACAGCACUGCAGCACUACAGACCAGACCUACACUGGAAACAAUUCUCAUCUUGUCGCGUCCAGGACCCCCAGGUUGCAGCCUGGCUGUUGGACCCAGCUGACCCCUCUUCCUGCUUCACCAACCUGCUCACCAAACACUGUAGGACACCCCCCAGAACUCCCACACCUGCCCUGGGGGCAAGGAAGGUGUACCAGGUCAUCUCCAGUCUGUCUCUGCUCUACCAGCUGAAUAUGGAGCUACGCUCUAAACUACAGAGCCAAGGUCUGUGGGAGCUGUACUCUAACAUGGAGCUGACUAUGAUCCCUGUGCUGGCAGCCAUGGAGAGCCACAGGAUCCAUGUGGACACGGAGUCCCUAAAGACAACAUCAGAGAUGCUGGGGACUAAGAUGAAGCAGCUAGAGCACGAGGCCCACCAGGCAGCAGGCCAGAUGUUUCUAGUGUCCAGCAGCACCCAGCUCAGGACGGUUCUGUUUGAAAAGUUGCGUCUGCAGGAGCGCUGUGAAAACAAGAAGCUCCCCAAGACUCUCAACAAACAACAGCAGUCUACAUCUGAGGCUGUUUUGUUGCAGCUCCAGGACCUGCACCCCCUGCCGAAGAUCAUUCUCGAAUACAGACAGGUUCAUAAGAUCAAGUCCACCUUCGUCGACGGGGUUCUGUCUUGUAUGAUGAGUAAGAACUUCAUCUCGUCCACAUGGUACCAGACCAGUGCAGUGACUGGAAGAAUCUCUGCCAAACACCCAAACUUCCAGGCCCUCCCAAGGCAGCCGGUGCAGAUCACUAAGAAGCAAUAUGUUCAAGGAAAGGAAGCGGAGGUGGUGACGGUUCACCCACGGGCCAUGUUCAUCCCCCAGGAUGGCUACACCUUCCUGGCUGCAGAUUUCUGCCAGGUGGAACUGCGUCUGCUGGCUCACCUCUCGUCAGAUCCUGAGCUGCAGAGGAUCUUCAACAACCCACAGGCCGACGUCUUCACCAUGCUGGCCUCACAGUGGAAGGGUGUGAGUGAAGGAGAAGUGAGUUCAGAGGAUAGAGAGCAUGCCAAGCGUAUCGUCUACUCUGUGGUGUAUGGAGCAGGUAGGGAGCGUCUGUCGGGCAUCCUGGGUGUUAGUGCUGAACAGGCCAGCCACUUCCAGGACAGCUUCCUCCACACCUACAGAGAGGUCCAGACCUUCAUACACACCACCAUCCAGCAGUGCCACAAACGAGGUUAUGUGGUGUCUAUUAUGGGCCGGCGAAGGACACUUCCUCACAUCCACUCAACAGACUGGGGAGUCCGCAUGCAGGCUGAGAGACAGGCCGUCAACUUUGUGGUCCAAGGGUCAGCUGCUGACCUGUGUAAGAUGGCCAUGAUCCGUAUCUUCUCUCAAGUCUCCUCCUCCAGCUCUCUCUCCGCCAGGCUGAUAGCUCAGCUCCAUGACGAGCUGCUCUACGAGGUGGAGGACUCUCAGGUGGGGGAGUUCGCAGUGUUGGUCAAGAACACUAUGGAGUCCCUGCAACACAUCGAUUGUCUGGGAGUUCAUCUCAAAGUCCCCCUGAAGGUGGCGGUCUCAAGUGGCAAGUCCUGGGGCUCCAUGUCCGAACUACACCUCCCCCAAACAUCUCUCCCCCCCUCUUCCUGAGUCCCUCUCUCCAUCUCUUACUCUAUCUCUCUCCCUCAUUGUGCUGCAUCUCCAUCGCUAUGGAAACCAGGCAGCUGCAGCUCCUCCAAGCUCCCAAUUCUCCUUCUCGCUCCCUCUCUCUCUCCCUCUCUCUCUAUCCAAUUCUCUUCCUCACACACACACACGCCUCUCUCUCUCUCUCUCUCUGCCCGUAUCAGGGGGCAACGGCAGGAGCCUCCCACUGGAACGCAUCAGUUUCUUUUUUUUCAACCUCCCUCCAUUUUGUGGAAUUGUAGUCCUCCUAUCUUCACAUUUUUCUGUUCUCACCCCUCUUCUUUAGAUUUUUGGUUUCUGUCUUCCGUUGCCAAGGCAAAACCAGACUUUGAGAAAUUUGUUUGGCACUGUUGCCUUUUUAAAAGUAUUUCUCAGCUAAAGUAAAUAUACCUCAUUAGCUAGAUAACAGUCAGAGUUUUUUUUUGAAGGUUCUAUACUGUUUGAUUGUAUUUAUUAACUGAUAUCCUGUCUGAAUUUCCUAUUAUUGCAUUAAUUGUCAAGCAAAGCUGGACUCGUCAAUGUAUUUCUACAAUAAAGUGAAACAAUCUAGUCUUUGCAUUUCUUUAAUAAACUUAUAUUUUCUUUAUUCAA